AUGGCAUUUGACGACGUUGAAAACGGCGCUGCCGAUGCUUACAAGGCUCCAGUUGCCGCUCCUGAUGAGGAGUUAGAAGAAUACGCCGGAUUGGCUCGUUUUGUCUCCACUUACCGUGAUGAGAAGGACGCUGCUGCCGCUAACGAGGACGACGAUAAGCCUGCCAAGAGAGCUUGGUGGAAGUUUGGUUUUGGAUCCACCAAGGCCAGUACUACUGCUUUUGUUGCUCCUGAUUCUUGGGUCACCACUGACUUGAAGGCUGGUUUGACCAGUGCUGAAGUCGAGGCUCGUCGUAAGAAGGUUGGUUACAAUGAGAUUGUCUCUGAGAAGACCAACUUCUUCGUUCAAUUCCUUGGUUAUUUCGCUGGUCCUAUUCUUUACGUUAUGGAAUUGGCUGUCCUUUUGGCUGCCGGUCUCCGUGAUUGGGUCGAUUUCGGUGUUAUUAUUGGUAUUUUGAUGCUUAACGCUAUUGUUGGUUGGUACCAAGAGAAGCAAGCUGCCGAUGUGGUUGCUUCUCUUAAGGCUGAUAUUGCUAUGAAGGCUACUGUUGUUCGUGAUGGUCGUGAGGAGGAAAUCAAGGCCAGAGAUAUUGUUCCUGGUGAUAUCGUCAUCAUUGAGGAGGGUCAAGUUGUUCCCGGUGAUGCUCGUUUGAUUACUUCUUAUGACAACCCUGAAGGUUAUGCUGACUACUUGGACUACAUCAACUCUGAUAUUGAGGAUGCCAAGGAGGAGGAAGAGGACGAGCUCGACGAGCACGCCCACAAGAUUGGUCACUCUCUUGUUGCUGUUGAUCAAUCCUCGAUUACUGGUGAGUCUCUUGCUGUUGAUAAGUUUAUGGCUGAUAUGGUUUACUACACCACUGGUUGUAAGAGAGGAAAGGCCUAUGGUGUUGUUACUGCUUCUGCCAAGGGUUCUUUCGUCGGUAAGACUGCUGCCAUGGUUCAAGGUGCUCAAGACCAAGGUCACUUCAAGGCUAUCAUGAACUCUAUUGGUACUUCUUUGCUUGUUUUGGUUGUUGUUUUCAUCAUGGCUGCCUGGAUCGGAGGUUUCUACCACCAUCUUAAGAUUGCCACUCCUGAGAACUCUUCCAACAACUUGCUUCACUACACUCUUAUUCUCCUCAUUGUCGGUGUCCCCGUCGGUUUGCCUGUCGUUACCACCACUACUCUUGCCGUCGGUGCUGCCUACCUUGCUGAGAAGAAGGCCAUUGUUCAAAAGCUUACUGCCAUUGAGUCUCUUGCCGGUGUCGAUAUCCUUUGUUCCGAUAAGACUGGUACUUUGACUGCUAACAAGCUUUCUAUCCGUGAGCCUUUUGUUGCCGAGGGUGUUGAUGUUAACUGGAUGAUGGCCGUUGCUGCUCUUGCUUCUUCCCACAAGAUCAAGGCUCUUGACCCUAUUGAUAAGAUUACCAUUCUUACUCUUAAGCGUUACCCCAAGGCUCUUGACAUCAUCCAACAAGGAUGGAAGACUAUUUCCUUCACUCCUUUCGACCCUGUUUCCAAGAGAAUUACUGCUGUUUGUACCUUGAACGGUGAGACCUACACCUGUGCCAAGGGUGCCCCCAAGGCUAUUCUUCAACUUGCUGAGUGUUCUCCUGAAGCCUCUGACCUUUACAAGGAGAAGGCUCGUGAGUUUGCUUCCCGUGGUUUCCGUUCUCUUGGUGUUGCUGUUAAGAAGGGUGACGAGCCCUGGCAAUUGCUUGGUAUGCUUUCCAUGUUCGACCCUCCUCGUGACGAUACUGCCCAAACUAUUAUUGAGGCUCAACAACUUGGUUUGUCUGUUAAGAUGUUGACUGGUGAUGCUAUUGCUAUUGCUAAGGAGACUUGUAAGAUGCUUGCUCUUGGUACCAAGGUUUACAACUCUGAGAAGCUUGUUGCUGGUGGUUUGACUGGUGCUCUUCAACACGAUCUUGUUGAGAAGGCCGAUGGUUUCGCUGAGGUUUUCCCCGAGCACAAGUACCAAGUCGUCGAGAUGUUGCAAGAGCGUGGUCACUUGACUGCCAUGACUGGUGAUGGUGUUAACGAUGCUCCUUCUCUUAAGAAGGCUGAUUGUGGUAUUGCUGUCGAGGGUUCCACCGAGGCUGCCCAAGCUGCUGCUGAUAUUGUCUUCCUUGCUCCUGGUCUUUCUACUAUUGUCGACUCCAUUAAGGUCGCUCGUCAAAUUUUCCAACGUAUGAAGGCUUAUAUCCAAUACCGUAUUGCUCUUUGUUUGCACUUGGAAAUCUACCUUGUUACCUCUAUGAUCAUCAUUAACGAGACCCUUCGUGUCGAGCUUGUCGUUUUCCUUGCCUUGUUUGCUGAUUUGGCCACCAUUGCCGUUGCUUACGAUAACGCCCACUUCGAGCCCCGUCCUGUCGAGUGGCAAUUGCCUAAGAUCUGGAUCAUCUCCGUCAUUCUCGGUAUCUUGCUUGCUCUCGGAACUUGGGUUGUCCGUGGUUCUAUGUUCCUUCCCAACGGUGGUAUUGUCGAGAACUUCGGUUCUGUCCAAGAGAUCUUGUUCUUGCAAAUCUCUCUUACUGAGAAUUGGUUGAUCUUCGUUACUCGUGGUGGUAAGACUCUUCCUUCGUGGCAAUUGGUUGGCGCCAUUCUUGGUGUCGAUGCUCUUACCACUAUCUUUGCCGUCUUCGGUUGGUUGUCUGGUCCUGGUUCUACUCUUGAGGACAAUCCUCACGACAGCUUCAAGGAGACUUCUGAUGGUUGGACCUCUAUUGUCACUGUUGUUGUCAUCUGGGCCUACUCCAUUGGUGUCACCAUCAUCAUUGCCGUUGUCUACUACUUGCUUACCCAAUUGCCCUGGUUGGACAACCUUGGCCGUAAGGACAGAUCACACGCCGAUGCCAAGAUUGAGAACCUUAUUGGUCACCUCUCUAGAUUGGCUAUCGAGCACGAGCGCGAUGAGACUGGUAAGGGCCGUUUUGUCAUCACCACCAAGGCUAACGAGGAGGAGACCGACUAA